CAUUUGAUUCCCUUGCCAGACAUCUCGGCUCACUCCACAAUCAAUGGUGCUCGCAAUCGGAUGCACUUUUAGGCCAUUUAGGAGACAAAUAGCACAGGAAAAGCAGUGCGCACCGCUCCACCCGACAGUCGAACGGUGAGGUUUUGAGCGAGUCGCAGCAAAAUGCACGGGGCUUCUGCAGCCCACAUGACUUUAUUCUGAACGGACACAAGUCUGCUCGCUGGGCCGUUCGCUUUUGGGCCAAAAACGCGGCUCCGUCGGUGACUUUUGGCCCGAUAUUGGCGACCAGAAAACACAAGUGAAAGAGCAUUUGGCCAGCCCGGAGAAGCCGAGCUGGGUGGCUUGAGUCUACAUGGUUCUCAUGUCGCGUUUAAGGCCAGCCCCCUGCACGGUGUGGAGCUUCAAUAGCGCAGAGCAGCGUCUACAGCAAAGUACUCCUCCUCACAGACUACCGUAGUGUUGUAAGUGUGUGUGUUUACCGGACCGAACGACAGACAUGGCAGAAGUCGCACCAGCACCCGCCGCCGCCGCGCCGUCCAAGGCACCCAAGAAGAAGGCAGCAGCCAAGCCCAAGAAAGCGGGACCCAGCGUAGGCGAGCUCAUCGUCAAGGCGGUGUCCGCCUCCAAGGAGAGGAGCGGCGUGUCCCUGGCCGCGCUCAAGAAGUCUCUGGCGGCAGGCGGCUACGACGUGGAGAAGAACAACUCCCGUGUCAAGAUCGCCGUCAAGAGCCUCGUCACCAAGGGCACCCUGGUCCAGACUAAGGGCACCGGUGCUUCCGGCUCCUUCAAGCUCAACAAGAAGGCCGUCGAGGCAAAGAAGCCCGCCAAGAAAGCCGCAGCCCCCAAAGCUAAGAAGGUGGCCGCCAAGAAGCCCGCCGCCGCCAAGAAGCCCAAGAAGGUAGCAGCCAAGAAGGCCGUGGCCGCAAAGAAGUCCCCCAAGAAGGCCAAGAAGCCCGCUACACCCAAAAAGGCCGCCAAGAGCCCAAAGAAGCGCCCCGGCACCGGCGGCGUGAAGAAGCCUCACCGUUACAGGCCCGGCACCGUGGCUCUUAGAGAGAUCCGUCGUUACCAGAAGUCCACUGAGCUGCUGAUCCGCAAACUGCCUUUCCAGCGCCUGGUGCGAGAAAUUGCCCAGGACUUUAAGACCGACCUGCGCUUCCAGAGUUCCGCAGUGAUGGCCCUGCAGGAGGCAAGCGAGGCUUACCUGGUCGGCCUGUUCGAGGACACCAACCUGUGCGCCAUCCACGCCAAGAGGGUGACCAUCAUGCCCAAGGACAUCCAGCUGGCCCGUCGUAUUCGCGGAGAGCGCGCAUAA